UGUUCACUUCCAGUGUUAUUCUAGUUUUUAGACGGUCCGUGGAGCAACUACUGAGAUCACUGGUUAAUUACGUAUUCUGCUGCUCCAGAAACUCCGUUACUACAAGAAAAGUGCAAUGCAGCACCUCAGGCAUUGCCAAGGCUUUGCUCAGGCCUUCCUUAUCAGGAGUCAAAGUUCCAAACUUUCGAAGAGCGUUAUCCCAUCACUGUCUGUGUGGGAUGGGCAUCUCUCUACCCGCUGGAGGAGCACUGGAGGUCAUGAAAAGCAAGAAUACAAUGAAAGAAGGCAGAAGUUCAGAUUUGCUCUAGCAGGACUGCUGGCAGGUACUGGAGCUGUUCUAGCAUAUAAGCUCCACCAAGGCAAGGUUGAGCGUGCAACUACUCCAGCAAAUUUACCAGUAGCUCAGUCCUCAUCUCUUCCUGUUUACACCCUAGAAGAAGUUACAAAGCAUUGUUCCCUUGACAAUGGUGUGUGGGUCACUCAUAAAGGUGAAGUCUACGAUAUCACUGAAUUUGUCGCCGUGCACCCUGGUGGUGACAAAAUCCUUCUUGCUGCAGGUGGAGCUCUGGAGCCCUACUGGGCACUAUAUGCAGUUCAUGAACAAGACCACAUUCUUGAAAUCCUCUCAGAGUAUAAAAUUGGUGUUCUUAAUACAGAGAGUAUCAAGAAGCAAGAGAGUGCCAACCCUUCAGACCCUUAUUCUGCUGAGCCAACACGACACCCUGCUCUUCAAAUCAACAGUCUGAAACCUUUCAAUGCUGAACCACCUUCUUCUAUACUUUCUGACAGUUACAUCACCCCCUCGGCCAUAUUUUUUAAGCGCAAUCAUCUACCAGUGCCCAGGGUGGAUCCUGAAACAUACAGAUUGGACAUAGAGGGUCUCCCUGGUGUUGUUUCACUGACGCUAAGCGAGCUGAAGUCUCGUUUCCCGAAACACACAAUUACAGUGACGCUUCAAUGUGCUGGGAACCGUCGCUCUGAGAUGAACAAAGUCAAGCAAGUCAGAGGACUUAAUUGGGGGGUUGGAGCAAUAAGCAAUGCUACAUGGUCAGGUGCACGUCUGAGGGAUGUUCUGCUGUACUAUGGCUUUGGACCAGAGGUUGCAGCAAAGGCUCUACAUGUCCAGUUUGAAGGGCUAGACUGUGAUGUGACUGGUACAGCAUACGGUGCAUCUAUUCCACUAAACAAGGCGAUGAGUGAUGAAGGUGAUGUUCUUCUCGCAUAUGAGAUGAAUGGGGAGGACCUACCCGCUGACCAUGGCUACCCUGUCCGUGUGGUUGUACCUGGAGUUGUUGGAGCCCGCAAUGUCAAAUGGUUAGGAAAGAUUGUUGUGAGUGAUGAAGAGAGCAAGAGUCAUUGGCAGCAGAAUGACUACAAGGGCUUUUCUCCAGGUACUGACUGGGACACUGUGGAUUUUAAAUCGGCACCAGCCAUCCAGGAACUACCCAUACAGUCAGCGAUCACUCAUCCAGCUGAGGGAGCCACAGUAGAUCGCAGUGAUGGGGAAGUGACUGUAAAAGGCUAUGCGUGGAGUGGUGGUGGAAGAGAGGUGGUCAGGGUUGAUGUCUCGGUAGAUGGUGGAAACACAUGGCAUGUAGCCAAACUCCGCACCAGUGAUAAUAGCCAGGACCCUGCAUCUCCUCCUACACCUGGAAGAGCCUGGGCUUGGAAGCUUUGGGAGAUAGACAUCCCACUGGCAUGUAGGGGCCAGGAGCUUGAGAUUGUAUGCAAAGCAGUGGACAGCAGUUACAACAUGCAGCCAGACACUGUUGCCCCUAUCUGGAACUUACGAGGAGUGCUUAGUAAUGCUUGGCAUAGAGUUAAAGUAAAAGUGAGUCAGGAUUUGAAAGACCAAAAAUGAAUUAAAAAAAAAAAACACAUUUAUUGGAUAAUUAUAUUUUAAUCUUGAUGGAUAGAAAUGCAGCGUGUUUGAUAAAGAUUAUAUGUUUAGAUUAUACCAAUUAUUUAACAAGAUUCAACAUCUUACUAGGCUAAGUAGGUAGAAGAAGAAAAAACUCUUAUUCACAUAAGAGUUAGUAUAUAUUGUAUUUAAUUCAUGUUAAAUAUUCAGCUGCACUAUGUAAAUUGGAGGAUUACAGAAAUAUCCUAACUUUUGAAUCCUAUCUUGUCUGUUUGGUAACCAUGGGAACUCAUUUAGGACAAAAACUUUAAUAAAAACAAAAUCCUAAAUGUGUUAUCUAGUAAGUAUAGGAUUUACUUCUGCAAUAUGAAUUUGUGAAAAAUCCUAACUUAAGUGAUCUGAUCUUAAUACUCAAGAUAGGAUGUUUUCUGUAAUAUGCCCCCUGGAAUAUUUUGUCAAAACAUUGAUUUGAUUAUACCAAACUAGAUUACCAAUUGUCAUUUGUUGCAUCACCAAAUUCUGAAAUCGUAUCAUUCUCACAUGACAACCUUGUGGUUUAGUGUACCAAAUAAUGCUGUUCAAAAUUUGGAUUAUCAACAAUGAAGCAACAUCAAAAUUCAAAAUUAUAAUUAUGACUGCGCUUCAUACAAGAAUGCUUUACUUAAUAUUUUUCCACUGAAAUAGUGCCAGUGCUGGAGCCUGUUCUUUGCUGGAGGAUCUGCGGAGAACACUGUGAUCCAGCCUGCAUUUCCACUAACUUGAGACCUUAGUGAUAUGACAACAGGAUUACAUAAUGUGCCACAUUGGCCACUUCCAGUAAACAGCUUCCAGUUGCAGAUUCCAGAUUCUUUUCAAAUAUAGCUGUAAAAGUAAAAUUUUUUUAGUUUAUUUAUUGCUUCUUGCACCUUCCAAUGUUUACUAAUUAUUUUGUUUAAUCUCAAUUCAGCUAGCUGUUUUAUAAUGUAAAAGAAAUCUGUAAGAUUUCACAAGUGAAUCAAAUAAUUAUUUAACAACAUUCAAGAUCUUACUUGGCUAGGUAUGUAGAAGAAGAAAAAAGUCUUAUUCAAGAUUUAUAAUAUAUACUUCAUUCAAAUUGCAGCUGAAUAUUUAAUAUGUCAAUUGGAGAACAAUCAGUAAGUGCAAAAAGUAGAAGUAGAAAUUUGUUCUCUCAAGUGGGAAGGUUUGAUAUUGGAAGAAUGAAAGAAUCUUCGUUUGGCAGAAACAUAAUUUUUGCAGUUUGUGUGGGACUUAUUACUGAAGAGAAUAAAUAUAAACAUUACUUUGCUAUUUAUUUAAAAUAGUCAUUUAUAUAGAAUAAAAACAAUGUUUAUCCUAAAUAAAUUCAGCUGUGGCUGGUGUUUUUUUUAUGAACACAUAAGCAACUCAUAUCUUUACAUGAACAGUGUAUUGCAGUCAGUGGUUAGGUCAAUGCAUAAUUGUAUUUGAUUUGUUCAGUGUAUUUAAGUGGAGCCAUGCAGAAGUGGAGUUCAGUCAUCUUACACGGCUGCUGAUGAUUUAACAAAGAAAUUAUGUGGUUAACAUUGAAAAAAAAAACUAUGUUUAGUGCACAUAUUUACUACAUUGAAAAAAUAAAAGUUAAUGCACAUGAUGUGUGCAAGCAGUGGCGAACUGGCCAUCGGGAGAACUAGAAAUUUUCCCUGUGGGCCGACUGUGAAACGGGGCCACGAUAUGCCAAAGUAUGGCCAUGCCAAGGCCAUGAUAUGAUGAAGGGGGCUGCGAUAUAGAGAAGGGGAAUGCAAAACACAUUGCCACAAUCCUAAGUGUGCCAUGGUUACCAUAUUUUGAAUUCAUUUAUAUACAGUGCAUCUGGAAAGUAUUCACAGCACUUCAAUUUUUCCACAUUUUGAUA